ACGAAUUCCCAUCAGAAAACGGUUUCCAGAUACUGAGAACUGCCAAUGGCGACGGUACAAAACUACUCUGUCGUUGACACGAUCCCCGCGCUCUCAAUUUUACUCUCCUCUCUCAGACACCUCCCUACGGACCCGCCUUCGCUAUUUUUCGACAUCGAGGGUGUUAAUCUUGGCCGGCAUGGUUCGAUAUCGCUCAUGUCACUCUAUGUAGCUCCUCAAUCAACGACCUACAUUAUUGAUGUUCACAUCCUCGGCGCCGAGGCUUUCCAAGUCGUGGACACACAACUCUCUCAAGGACAUACUGGAAAGUGCGGAUAUCCCUAAAGUCUUCUUCGACAUCCGCAACGAUUCAGAUGCCUUAUACAGCCUUUACGGUAUCAGCGUCAAUGGAAUCAUAGAUAUCCAGCUUUUGGAGCUUGCGACACGAAAAUCUUCAAAGAGCUAUGUAGCUGGACUGGCGAAAUGUAUUGAAAAGGAUAGCAACGCAUCAGCCGGUACGAAAAUGGCGUGGCACCGAACGAAAGAUUCCGUUGGCCGACUCUAUGAUCCACAGAGAGGCGGCCGCUACGAAGUAUUUAAUGAACGUCCGUUGAUGACGGAAAUUCUGCAAUAUUGCAAGCAGGAUGUGGAGCUCCUUCCUUCAUUAUGGGAUGUCUACAGCUCAACGCUUCGUAAGCCUAGCAAUGGGGCUUGGAGGGCUCUGAUACGGGAAGCGAUACGGAAACGGAUCCAACUUUCACAGAGUGCAGGCUACAACGGGCAAGCGAAAAGCAAGGUAUAUGGGCCUUGGGAUACAGAUGAAAUUGAACGGAAGAUUGAUAAUUGGAACGACGAUGUAACGAUGUGUGGAGUAAAUGGGGGUAAUGCACUUGACGAGAACGACCACUGGGUUAGUUCCCGCGAGGUGCAAACCUCCAAGAGUUCUGUGUUUACACUACUUUCUCGUUUUCGAUAGAUCCAUCAUGGUUGGUUCAAAAACGUCGACGUCAAGCUUGGCGCAUGUCCCUCUGUCCGCGCCUUCACCAAGAGGCAAAACUUGGCAGUCAAAAAUCUCCGUUUUCCGUACAAGGUUGACUCAUCAC